AUGUGCAAUCUGGGGGGCAAGGGUCCGCAGAGGAGGUGCUGCACUCGAGCCAGGCAGAGGGAGGCUGUACGCCUCGCUGCCCCUGCUCCAGAAGCGGCUCCCUUCACGGGUUUGAAAAAGAAAGGCUUUCCAGCCAGGGAUCUCAUAGAAGAAACGCCCUCGCCCUCGGCGUGCGCGACCUCGCUUACCGCAUCGAAAGCACUCUAUGCACAGCAGGGAUUGAGUGCCUCGAGAUUCAUACACGAUGACCCCUGCUUCACCACGACAGUCGUCUUUGGAUGCCUGCUUUCAGGGUGCCGCCGAUCUCGGCUUGCCGCUUUACGCCUCUGUGGCGCUAGCCAUGGUUUUUGCCUCCGGGCUCUUGCGCAUG